AUGGAAGGUUGGGCAGCGCAGCCAUGGGUGGCACCCUUCGAGCAGGUCGCUCGUGUGGAACGGAUCAUGGCGCUUGCCGCCGGCCAGUCGGGUCAGGAUCAUCCGGUCUGCUCCAACUGCUUGAAGCUCGUGGUUGCUGAAGUGGAGAGGCUGGCCAGCGAGGCCGCCGAAGAGAGCGAUACAUACAACAAGGCCCUGCAGCGCCUGCAAGAGGAGCUAGUGUCGAGCGCCGACGAGGCAGCGCUUGAAGCGGAGAUCUCUGAGAUGGAGCGCCAGGAGCAAGAGCUGCUCAGUGAAUUAGAGGCGUGCGGGAAGGAGGAAGCUGAGCUCGUUGGCGAACUCGAGCGCCAGCGGCAGCUGGAGGAACAACUCCAAAAGGAGGAAGACGACUUUUGGGUCAAAGUUGCUGGAUAUCAGCUGGACAUCGAGGAGACAGAAGAGGAGCGCGCCGCUACCGCCGCUGCUAUUCGAUAUGCCUCCGCAGAGCUGAGCCGUCUCCGGAAAACAAAUGUGCUGAACGAGAUGUUCCACAUUUCCCAGGAUGGACCUUUUGGGACCAUCAACGGCUUCAGGAUGGGGCGUUUGCCUGAACAGCCCGUGCCGUGGGAGGAGGUGAAUGCUGCCUGGGGGCAGGCAUGUCUCUUGUUGGAUGCUUUAGUCAAGAAGGCAAAGCUACCGACCACGCAGUCUCAGUACAGGCUGGUGCCCCGUGGCAGCCACUCAACCAUCAAGGUUGGCGGUAAAGACUUCGAGCUCUACGGCUAUGAUGCAGGGUUGUCUAACUUCUGGACGGCAUCGCAGUUUGGCUCCGCCAUGCACGCUUUCUUGUGUUUCAUGCAGGAGGUCGUGAGCUUUCUGCAGAGGAGCGCUCCCCUGCAGUUGCCUUUCAAAAUCGAAAGGGAUAGAGUGGGUGGUUGCUCCGUCAAGGGCAGCCAGUUCGACCAGGAGCGAUGGCAUUGUUACACCAAAGCAGAAGCUGGGUUGGCUGCAGAGGAGGCAAAUGCCAAGUUUGAGCUGCUUGGCAAUGAGAUGGAGAAUAGCGGAGUGCUUCUGCGACUGGAUGACUGGUCUGAUUGGUGGAGAAGCCUAGACCAAGCAUGGAGGGUCUGCAUGAACACCUCGGAGCCUGGCUGCGAAGAUGCUGAAGACGAGGUAGGAUAUUCAUCUUGGUCGCUGCUGAACAAGAGGGCUUGGAAUGCUACGGCUGGUGAACUGAGCUUAUUUGAGGCCAACACGCCGCAAGGCUAUAUUGGUUCUAGCAGUCUUCCGUCUUUAGUGAAAUGCCUAUUUCCCUGUGAUGGGUCCACUGGCAGUCGCAGCCACCACGGAUGCGGCUGCCACGGAAAGACCAACUUUAACUACCCGUUGAACUCCUGCGGGGCAGGGACUGGCGGCUGGAACUGGUGUAACGCCUACACACCGUGGGAGUAUGGCAUGGCGGGGCAUGUUGGCUGUGCUCUACAUCCAAACCAGACUGGUGUCAUGUUGCGGCAGUUCAGCAAGUACAUGGCGCAGGGUCCAAAGCCAGACGUUUACACCGAAAAUGGCACUUUGCGAGGCAACUUUGAAAGUCAGUGGUUUGUAGCAGACCUAGCCGAGUGCUUCGUGUCGCAGAUCUUGCUUCCGAAACUUCCAGCGUUGGUAUCAAUUGUUCAUCCGAAAGUAUGGGUGCAGACCCAUCCUACGAAUGGACAGAAGGAAGCCUACAAAGAUUUUCAGUCCGGAGAGACGAGGCUUGACGGACUUGACCGAUCUGAAGGGACCCCCAACUCGCCACCCAAAGAGGAGGGCUCUAAAAAAGCACGCCCAGCUCACGUGGAUUGUUUGAUCUUUCUCAUCCGCGUGAGUCCGCGCGGUGGCAGGGCUGGUCGAGGAAAGGCUGCGGGAGAGCGCAAUUUGCUCAUGCCUGCCUACCUGGCUCUUCUCACAGGGAACACGCGAGAGGCUUUGAAGUUCCUUCUCAUGGACUUGAAAUACCUCAUCGCCGUGAUUGAGACGAUGGGCCCUCAGUCUGCUGGCUACGCUGCGAUCUAG